CACCGCCUCAAAUCAAUACAUUUUUCCAGAAACUUCCUGCAUUCUAAAUAUCCCUAAAGCACGCACGGGAUGAGUGAGGUUUCGUCACUUGGAACUCUGAAGACGACGUGAAAAAAAAAAAAAGAAGGAAAAACCACAUUCUAUCAGCUGAGAGAAGGGGAAAAAAAAAAUAAUAAUAAAAAAAAAUGUUCAAGAAGGCAGUGGAGGCAAAGUCACACCAGAGGCUAUCCGGUGCUGAUAGGAAGAAGCUGAAGAGGAGCAUCAAGGACAAGUUCCCCAGAGCUUCUGAUACCGACAUCGAUUCCUUGCUCCCUCCUAAGGCGGAGAUAACAGUUGCGAAACUUCAAAACCGUGUUCAUGUAUAUGGUGUGGAAGGAGGAUUCCCUAUGUUUUUUGAUGUUGAUGGCCGAGGCAAUGAAAUAUUCCCCACAGUUUAUGCUCUCUGGAAGGUCCCCGAUAUCUUGCCUUAUUUCUUGUUGAAAGGGGGUGAGGUCUCUCGAUAUGUUAUUGGAGGUGCAGAUCUGAUGUUUCCCGGUAUCAGUGUACCUGCUGAAGGUUUACCUUCGUUUUCAGCUGGCGAAUUGUGGGCAGUAAAAGUCCCAGGAAAUCCAGCACCAAUUGCAGUUGGGAGUACCACCAUGAGCAGUACUGAAGCAUUGAAAGCUGGUUUGAGGGGAAAAGCUUUAAAAAUUGCUCACUAUUAUGGUGAUGUGCUUUGGGAAUCAGUUGAGGGCCACUAUGUUCCAAAUGCAGGAUUUUUUGAAGAUGCUGUAUUCGAGGACCCUGCACUGUCAUCGUGUCAGACUUCAGAUUCAUGUAAUGAUGCCAAUGAUUCUUCACAUAAUCAAGAUGUCAAUAUUGACAAAGAAGUGGGGGAAUCUGUUGAUGUAGCUGAUGACCAUUCUGUACCUAAUUCUGCUUCAAUAACUCAGAUUGAUGCUGGUAACGAUACUGCUGAAGAGAUCACUUCAAGUGUGGCUGAUUUGAAGGUAGCAGAUAACCCUGUUGCUGAUGAGCCUGGUGCUGAGGAUCAACAUCCUUUGUCCACCGAGGAUGUGGACAUGCUUUUGGACAAAUGCCUUUUGCAGGCAUUGCAUACGACAGUUAAAGAGAAAGACCUUCCCAUGCCAGGAAGCACGCUAUGGUCAAAUCAUGUACUACCUUGUAGGCCUUCAGGCACCACACUUGACAUCAAGAAGUCAUCCUACAAGAAAUUGUCAAAGUGGUUACAAGCUAAAGCUUCUGCAGGAUUGAUCACAGUGAAGGAAGAUAAAUACAAAAAGGAGGCUGUUUUAUUUUCUGUUAACCGCAGCCAUUCAGAUUACUCAUCCUUCAAGCCAGAGAAAAGACGAGUUGAAAAUGAGCACACUAGUGAUCAUGCUGGCAGUGAAAGCCGGUCAAAUAAAGUGCUUGAAUUGGCGGAAGUCUACAAACCAAGCGUACAUGUGAAUCCCAUAUUUUCUGCUGUAGGAGCUGAAACAGGAAAACUUUACAGUGCUUCAGAGGCCACUGAUAUUGUCUUCAAAUAUGUUGAGAAAGAAAACCUUGUCAAGCCUACAAACAAGGCUAUUGUGGUUCUGGAUGCAACAUUAUGUGAUGCAUUAUUCAAGGGAGCAAUCAAGAAAGGAACAACAUACCCUACAGAAGUUCAUAAGAAAGAUAUAGGAUCAACAUUCAUAAACCGGAUGCAAGCUCAUCACAUUGUAACAAGGGGAGGUGAGUCAGUUGUUCGUAAAGGUGCUCUUAAAACAUUACAGAUAAUGACAGAACGAAGGCAAGGUAACAAGAAGGUGACAAAACUCUCUGGGAUGGAAACCUUUUUGGUGGAUCCUGAAGCUUUGGCUUCAGAAUUGCAGAAAAAGUUUGCUUGCAGCACAUCUGUGGGAGAACUACCAGGUAAGAAAGGACACGAGGUUCUAGUUCAAGGUGGUGUAAUUGAUGACCUGGCAAAACAUAUGAUUGAGCAAUACGGGAUCCCAAAAAGAUGCAUUGAAGUUCUUGAUAAAACCAAAAGAUGAGACUUUGGACAAAUAUUUUGUUCUCUUCCUUCUCGAUGAAGUUGAGGUAAAAUGGUUGAAGAUCAUGUUCCUGGUUAGAGGUGUGAUUUGCAUUUGGCAAACUGCAGAUUUUUGGUUUCCAGAGUGUUGCAAGUUUGAGAAGGUGCGUGGAGUUGCGAGAAGUAGUUGAAUAGGCAUCAAUAAUUUUUAUUGAAAAAAUUUAAUCCCUACGUUGUGGAAGGUGUACAAAUUUUUUAAUAUAUACACAAAUUACGCAGCAUCGGUUUUACCA